AUGAUUAAGCGACUGCUAAAUGCGGCGGGAAAUAUGAUGUUAGAAUUAUUGGAUGAGGCAGAGUCAGAACGUUCGAAUACUCACAACCCUCAUCGUGCGACAGGAUCAGAGGUGCUUGUGUGUGAAUUUUGUCGUGAAAGCUUGAGGCAAGACUUGCUUCAUCAACACAAAAUAACAUGUCCGCAAAAUCCGGCAAGAGCUCGGGUACCUCAUUCACGUCGAGAUAUUCAGCAUCGGCGUCAGCUAUCGCCUCUUCCUCAUGAUGUAUCACAUCGUUUGCUGCGCCCUCCUCCAAUACCUCCACGCUCUCCUCCAAUACAUCUACACCAUCCUCCGAUGCCUCCACGCUCUCCUCCAAUACAUCUACACCCUCCUCCAAUACCUCCACGCCCAAUACGUUCUCAAUCACAGAAUUUACCUACCUCAAUAACGACACGAAUUCCUGAUGCUUUGCUAUGUCCCAUCACAUCGGAUCUUUUUGAGGAUCCUGUGCUUGCAGAAGAUGGACAUACUUACGAAAGACAAGCAAUUGUUCAAUGGAUUCGACAAAAUGGAACAAGCCCGAUAACACGGGAGCCAUUGCACGAGAAAAAUCUUCGAACCAAUUACACAAUUCGCAAGCUUGUCGAAGAAUUACACUUGAACAACUCACUUGUUUCCUGA